CUCUUUCCCUUCUUUCCUCCCAUAAGCUUUUUCUCCUCUGUCUUCAUUUAAUUUUCUUUCUCUUUACCCUGUCGUUAAUAUUUUCUCUUCUCUUUCUCCCUCUUUCUAGGGCUUGGUUUCAGCUCUCAGUAUCUUACAGGUUCAACACCAUCAUUACUAUCAUCAACUUCAUCAUCAUCAUCAUCUUCUCAUCAUCAUCAUUCCUCUAACACCAAACACUUGAUUUCUUUUUAGCUCUUUUUUUUAUAUAAAUAUAUAAAUAUAUCAAACUGUUAAUCAUGUCCAGUAAAACCUAUGAUUAUUUGUUUAAAUUGUUGUUAAUCGGUGAUUCCGGUGUUGGUAAAACUUGUAUAUUAUUCCGUUUCUCGGAAGAUGCAUUCCACCAAUCUUUCAUUUCCACCAUAGGUAUUGAUUUCAAGAUACGAACAAUUGAAUUGGAAGGUAAAAAGAUCAAACUUCAAAUAUGGGAUACUGCUGGACAAGAACGAUUUCGGACAAUCACUACAGCCUAUUAUCGAGGUGCUAUGGGAAUCAUGCUUGUCUAUGAUGUUACAAAUGAGAAAUCGUUUGAAAAUAUUAAAAAUUGGGUUAGAAAUAUUGAAGAACACGCUGCCUCUGAUGUAGAGAAGAUGAUUCUUGGUAAUAAAUGUGACAUCGAAGAUAAGAGACAAGUAACAAAGGAUAGAGGAGAACAGUUAGCAAUUGAAUAUGGUAUCAAAUUCAUGGAAACCAGUGCAAAAACGAGUAUCAAUGUUGAAGAGGCCUUCGUAACUCUCACAAGAGACAUUAAGAGAAAAAUGGAGAAAAAAUUGGAUGCUGCGAAUCCAAUGAGAACAGGACAACAAGUUAGAGUUAGUGAGCCAUACUACAAGAAGAGUCGUUGGUUUUGUCUGUUGACAUGAGACUUCAAUUUUGGCACAAAAUGUAUGAUGAAUCCCUGGAAGAGAAAAAGAAAACCAUAAUUAAAAAUUGUGGCGAUUUUCAAUUAAUUCAGUUGAUUACUUACAUUGAAGAAACAAUUCUGGCCCCCAGAAUUAUCAUUUAUAUUGAAAGGAAAAAUUUUGUCUUUUUUUACUUGAUCAUGAAGAUAAUUAUUAAUACCAACAAUCGGAAAUUAUUCUUAAUUGACCUAAA